AUGUCUUUGGUUGCUGCUACAGAUAAUCCGAAGAGCAUAUCGACCUUCGCUAGAUGCUGCCUCGCUCUAGCGGCCAUUUCGAGUCAAAUUUGUGUCUCAUUCACUAAAUCUGCUCUUUAUGUUCUGGCUGUCAACUCUUCUAGAACAACAAAUGGCGAAAUUACAUUUCCCAGCACCUUUUUCCGCGACUAUCUGAUCGUGACUGAAUCCAUUCUCAGUGAUGGGUACGAUAAAACUAAUGAUAGCUAUUCUUUUGUUGUGUCAGCAAAACUGCUAGUUGUGUUGUUACGCAAUUUGGAUUCUGGGCAUGUCAAUUAUAUCCAUCUCAGCGUCGAUUGUAGUGAAAGCACAGCUCCUUCCAAGAGGUAUAAGCUCAACGUAGAGAUAUUCACAAAGAAACAGGUCCUCAAAAAAUAUCAAAUUGGUUAUCAGCCUGCAGAAUUCGUGCCAACUGACAUUCCAACAAGAUAUCUUAAUCUCCGACGGAACGUACGGAUAAAUCAGUUCACCCUCGAAGUCUCUACGCUCAAACUGUUUGUCGAUAUGACACCAUCUGUUUCUGAAGAUUUUGGAAUUGAUGUUAAAAAUAAUAAGAUCAUGCUACUGGCGUAUUCAAAACAAGUUGUUCGAGACGCUGAUUAUCUCAAACAAGCGAUGCUGAUCUCUGUUCUGAUGGCCAUCAAUGAGUUGCCACUGUCAAAUUUAGAGGAUAAUCUCGUUGGUAUAAAUUUCAGGCUCAAAGAUUUUCGCACAUACAUGAACUUGGUUUCUACAUUUAGGAAGGAUACGCGGCUGUCAGCGGACUAUACAGAUGAAGAAGCCACCAUUGAUACAUACUUCUUGCAGCCUGGAGAUCCGAUUCUUUUUCAAUUCCGUGAUUUCGGUGUAUCUGUGAACUUGAUUCAAAUUACUGCCAAUGAUGGAGAGGCCCGCCAGGGAGAAGAUCAAACGGAGAAGCUUAUUUUGAAACCUGCAAGACUAAAAGAUCAAUUAAUGGUGGAGAGUGGAAACCUGGAAUCAGAUCUCCCGACUCUUGAGCAGCUCAAAGCAACGGCAAGAGAUCGUGGCCGAGAUAUCGAGCUCGAAGCCGAGUUGACUCCAGAAGACGAGCAACUGGCGGAUCUUCUUAUGAUCACCUACGGAAAUUCUCAUGAGAGCGGUUCUGAGUCUCAUAGAGGGCAAAAGCGCGCACGAGAGCCAGACACAUUCGAGGAGGAAACUGAUGAUCUUCAAUUCUUAGAGGAACCUGAAUUCGGACCAACUCAAACAACAGAUAAACCAAAGGCGCUCUUUGAUUAA